UCCACAAAGUGCAAGUGACACUUCUUGCUAAUGUCAAGCUCUUUCAAGCUCUGUGCACAUCUUCCUAAGAUCUUGGGGCCAGGGGAUGGGGGUUGAGCCGCCAUCACCUGGUUGAGGACAUCCUUGGUCACCCUGUCCAUCCUUGUCCUGGCCCUUCAGGCUCUAGGCAGCGAGCAUCAUCCCAUCCUGGCUGCAUCUGCACCUUUGCUCUCCUGGGCUCUCCUUCCCAGUGGGGUAGCCUGGCCCUCCACACCCCUGCCCAGACGGCCAGCAAGCCUUCCUCUGUUCAUCCGUCUUCAUCAGUUGUGUUUGUUUUGCUUUCGCAGACUUGUCUUUUUCACAUUGGGCUUUGCUGGGAGCACCCCGGUGGCAUCUUCUAAGGAGAAGAUCCAGAGCUUUUCUGAAUGCACACAAGGCCACAGAUCACUGCCCUGUCAUCCCUCUACUGUGUUGAUUUCUGUAUCAGUGAAUUACACCAUCAGGGCCUGUGAAGCCAGGACCAUGGCUCAGAAACACGCUCUGUUUUUUAGGCCGCUGAUUAAGAAGAAGUUGAGCCAGGGCGUCACCCUCGUUGUUGACAGAUAUGCAUUUUCUGGUGUCGCCUUCACCAGCGCCAAGGAGAAUUUUUCCCUGGAUUGGUGCAAGCAGCCAGAUGUGGGCCUCCCCAAGCCGGACCUCGUGGUGUUCCUUCAGUUACGGUUGGCCGAGGCUGCCAUGCGGGGCGAGUUUGGCCGUGAACGCUACGAGAACGGGAACUUCCAGGAGCGGGCACUGCACCGUUUCCACCAGCUGAUGGCGGAUGAGACUUUGAACUGGAAGUCAGUUCUAUGUGGCUUCAAACUAUUCUGGAUUUAUAACACAUUUCAAACCCUGCAAGGAACAAGACAAGAAGGUAUGAAAUCAGGAAUGGGAGUGGGGAAAGAAACAGGAAACCGUUUCCUGCCGCCCAGUGCUGGCGCUCUCCGCCCCGAACCUCCCCACUUUUCAUCUCAUUUCACAUCCUUUAGCUUAAGAACGUCUUUUAACAUUUCCUGUAGGGUGGGUCUCCUGGCAUAGAACUCUCAGGUUUUGUUCAUCUGAAAAUUAACUUUUUUAACAUUCUUUGAAAAAAUUUUUAAACCAUAACAAAAAAAGUUACAACUUGCAAGUACAAUACAAAAAAACUCUUCCCUGGGACCUUUGAGAACAAAUUAGUCCCUCAUGCCCCCUCCCUGCCAUGGACUGUCAAAAUUAGGACAUUAACGCAGAUCCCUUGCUACCCCCAGGUCCCCAGGCCCCGUUCAGGUUCCCCCGUUGGUCCCACUACUGGUGUCCUUUUUAACAAAUGACCCAGUGUACAGUCCGUACAGUCCCAUCGCUGGUCUCUAGCCUGUGUGACUUUCACAACACUGACACUUUUGAAGCUCAUAGCAUUUGAUUUGUAGAUGAGUCUCAGAUGGACUUGGCUGUUUCCCCAUGAUGGGAUUCACGUGCGUCUUUGGCAGGGCGGCCCAGGAGGGAGGCUGGGUGCUCACUGCAUCCUGCCAUGUGGGUAGGAUUUCCAUUUGUUCACUUCUUGGGAUGUUCACUUUUCGGGGUAUUGAUUUUUAUUUGCGUGCCGCUGACGCACACUUAAAGUGAGUUUCGGCGUGCAGUCGAGUGACUGGACAGGAGCGUACGUUGCGCUGGGCUCGCCGCACGUGUGGCCCCACCUGUCACCACACGACGCUGUCGCGGGAUCACUGACCGCGUUCAUCCCCGGGACGUACUCGCUCCGUAACUGCAAGCGGCACCUCCCGCCCCUUCACCCCUUCUGUCCACCCUCCACCCCUCCCCGCUGUGCGUUUAUGGGUCUGAUUCUGCUCUUUGUGCGAUUAUUCACUUGCUUUGUGUGUUAGAUUCCACAUACAAGUGAAAUCCUGCGGUAUUCGUCCUGCUCUGUGUGACUUAGUUCCCGGAGCGGGACGCAGUCUCGGGCUCCCUGUGUUGUUGCCGACGGCAAGAGCUCAUCCUUUUGUACGGCCGAGUGAUGCCCCACUGUGUGCGUGCUGGCUCGGUGGGGUUUGCCAGGCUUCUCCACGGUCACGUCUCUCUCCCUGUGUAAUUAUUUUGUGAUGAGAUUCUUAUAAACCAUGUAAAAAUCUCACAGCUCAUCAGAUUUUCAGUUUACCUGUACGUCUCUCUCUGUACGGAUUUGUGUUUCUGUUUGACUCACCGCGGUCUGUCCUGCCCGCCCCGCCGCCCCAGCCGGCAGCUCGUC